AAGUAAUGCUAUAAAUGAUUCCUAAUUCUAAAUUAGAUCAGUCUUUGUGAAGUAAACAAGCAUAACGGACGGUAACGAUAAGCAUCUUCACCCGAUUUUGGUGCUGCUAAUUCUUUGAGAUUUUAAUCGAUUGCCAAGACAACAAAAAUAUUUGUGUACCCAUCAUUGUGUCUACUGUAUAUGCAUUGACCUGUAGUGGAAGAGAAUACACAUUAAGAUGCCCUAUUUGAGACUAGAUUUUGGGGAAACAUUCCCACAGUCUGGUGGUCCAUCAGUUUAUCUGACACAGUCUGUCAAAGAUUGGAGAAUAUUUACAAGAAAGCAGACCACCAGCAUCACUAAAGCUAUCAACAAUCAGGAAGUACCAGUCAAAGAGAAACAUGUCAGAAAUGUGAUUAUUGGUUCCUUCCAAGAGAAGGGUGCUGGUACAUUUUGGACUGUGGUUUCCAGGUUACCCAUGCAAGGCAACCCAAUCGUCUGCUGGAAAUUCUGUCACACGUUGCACAAACUGAUGAGAGAAGGCCAUGAACAUGCUGUGAAAGAUUCAAUGAAACAUUCUGAGCAUAUUUCAGAUCUUGGAAGCAUGUGGGCACAUAUGCAGGAAGGCUAUAGCAAGUUAAUCAAUGCUUAUUGUUCCCUGCUUGUCACCAAAAUAGAAUUCCACAAAAAGUAUCCCACAAUUCCUGGUAAUCUUGCUCUGAGCGACAUUGAGAAAGACUUGGAGAAACUCACUGAAAAUGAAAUUAAUAAUUACUUCCAGUUGUGUGUAGAGAUUUUUGAUUACUUGGAUGCUCUUAUAGCUACGUCAGAUGCCAUCUUUGGAUCAUUUGACCUUUCAAAGAGCAUAUCUAUGACCAACUCUGGACAAUGUCGGUUAUCGCCGCUGAUCCCCAUCAUCCAAGAUUGCAGCCAUCUGUAUGACUUCAGCGUUCGGCUGAUGUUCAAACUUCAUGCAUGUUUACCUGCUGAUAUUUUGGAUGGGCAUCGUGAUCGUUUCAAGAAACAGUUUGACUCCCUCAAGACAUGCUUUCUCCGAGUUAAAAACCUCAUGUAUUUUAGACGAUUAAUUCAAGUGCCAACCUUACCUGAUAGUCCUCCCAACUUCUUUGUCAAAACCACUGAUUACAGCCACCACUACACACCAGCCGUCGUCCUGCAGGGUGGGGAUAUGGAGACAGAGACAAUGAGCGUUGCCAGCCACGAGAGUCCACCUAGUCCUAGAGAUUCUACAUUGAUGGAUGAUAGUAACUUUCAGGAUCUGUUGGUGGAUGUAGAUGCAUUGCAGCAGAAUGGUCAAUUUUCAUCUCCACCACCAAGAGAUGACAGAGACUGGUUGAUAGAUCAACUGAGGCAGGAAAUCAGUAACCUUAAGUUUGAACUGGAGCGAGUCAAGAAAGAUGAUCAAAGAAUAAUGGAUGAUAUGAAGAAGAAACUGAUGGAGUUGACAAGACAGUUAGAAGAGUAUAGAUGCAUAGGAAGGCAGAUGGUCGAUGAGAAUCGAAGUAUGAAACAACACCUUGACGAAGUGUUGACAAAUUCUGAGAACAUUGGUGCUGUCAAAGACCAUGCAGUCAAAUCAGAGAAUAAAGCAAAGAUAUUUGAAGAAAAAUUCAACAAAAUGAAAGAAGUAUAUGGAAAGUUGAGGGAGGAACAUAUUAAUCUUAUCAGAAAGAACGCUGAUGUAAACAAACAACUGUCAACGAUUGCCAAGACAACAGAGGAAACAGAGUUUGCUAAACGAGAAACGGAGGUGUUGGUUCAGUCAUUGCAGAAAACAGUCGAUGAACGAAUGUCAGAAGAAGAACAACUCAGAAGAAAACUUGAACGACAAAGAAAACAAAUAUUUGUCGCUGCUAUGCAAGAGGCUGAAGAGAACCUUCGUCGCAUACUGGUUCAGAUGGACGAUCCCCAAUUUUCUGGUAGCACAUGCACAGCAGAAUAUUUUUUAACAAGGUCUGAGAAUGCACAACAGUCUUUGUUGACACUACAGAAUAGUUACAGUGAUUAUUGCACUGAUAAAGAUGAGUUGGAGAGUUUAGUUCGAAGUCUGUCAAUGUUUUCAAAUGGAAUUGGUGAAUUUCUUCUUCUUGGGAAGUCAACAUCUCACAUGGCACCACUAGACCUAGGAGAAGCUUUGGCAAAUGCUUGUCGGAAUGGAGGGCAGAGCUGCCUUGACUUCCUUGGGGUGAUGAGGGUUGAGAGUAGUGUAGAUAACGCCAACCGUCAUCAGUCAAAGGUCAAUGAACGUCUUCAAGCCAUCAUUCUGGCUGCACAGGAAUUGUUGCCCAAGGAGGCAGACAUCAAAGCCGAGCUUGGGGACAUUGUUGAUCAAGAAAUGCAAAAUACCACCGAGGCUAUUGACAAGGCUGCUUCCAGAAUUGAAGAAAUGCUUAAUAACUCAAGACAAGCUGAUACAGGUGUGAAACUAGAAGUGAACAGCAGAAUUUUAGAUUCCUGUACAGACCUCAUGAAAUCCAUCAAAGUUCUCAUUGAGAAAUCAAAAUCAUUACAGAGGGAAAUUGUCUCAAAUGAUAGGGGUACAGCAUCAACCAAGGAGUUUUACAAGCGACAUCAUCGUUGGACAGAAGGCUUGAUAUCAGCUGCAAAGCUUGUGGGUGUUGGUGCUACGCAACUUGUUGAUUCUGCGGAUAAAGUAAUGCAGCGAAAAGGGAAAUUCGAAGAACUUGUUGUGUGUUCCCAUGAAAUAGCUGCUUCCACUGCCCAGCUUGUGGCUGCCAGCAGAGUGAAGGCGCACAAGGAGAGCGAGAAUCUGAAGGGACUAUCGACAGCGUCAAAGGGCGUUGCACAAGCAACCGCUAGCGUUGUUGCAUCGUCAAAAUCAGGUGCUCAGUUAACAGAAGAAGGAGAUGUGACAGACUUCACAAAAAUGAGUCUCACUCAAACAAAGAGGAAUGAGAUGAACUCGCAAGUACGAGUUCUAGAAUUAGAGAACCUUCUCGAAAAAGAACGAGUCAAGCUGGCUGAGCUAAGGAAGAGGCACUAUCAAUUAGCUGGCGUCAGUGAAGGAUGGGAGGAGGAUGAGAUCAAAAGCUAGAUUGCCUACAAGGAUGGAAAAAAUUUCCAAACGAUGCUACAACAAGCGAAAGAAGAAUUUCUCUGAGAUACCACAGUAGGCAAGCAUCAAGGAGUCUGGACUUUUUCAGAAAAUAUACCACUUUCAAUUAGAUCUUUGUUUAAUUAUUCUAUAAAUAUUUUUUUUCAUAAUGUACAAGAUCUUAAUUGAACAUUUUUUGUAACUUUUAUAAAUAAAGUUUAAAACCGUGUAAAUUUCUUGAUUGAGAAAGGUCAGGGGUUAAGCAACCAACCAAUCACAAUCAUGUAUCUUAAAAUUAAAUAAUGACCUAUUUACCCAAUUCAAAAAAAAAUGAUAAAAACAUAUUAAUAAUAAAAAGUACAUAUUUGUAUAGAUUUUUUUAUGCACAAGAAAAAACACAUUGACAUAAAAAGUUUGCAGUUUGACAUUCAGAACAAUUGUAAAUAAAUAUGAUUAUUAAUCCCAUAAUGCAACAUGGUAUCCCAUCAUGCAAAUGUGCUACUAGGCAAAGACUGGAAAAGUGUAAUGAAUAUAUUUUGGACAAUAAUCUUUCAUGUACAAAGGUCAGAGGUCAAUAAAAGUAAAAUAUAUAUUGGCCAUUAUCUGAAACUCUGUGUUAUGUACAUUAACUAUUGUAUGUAAUUAUUAUUUAACUACAUUUUAUUACCAUUUGCAAAUAAUGUAUUAGCCCCCAUCAGGAUUAUGAACCCCUUAUUUUUUUUUUAGCCUCAUCGGGUGUAUGUACCCCCAUAUUGUAGACAAUGUGAUUAUAUUCAGUUGCUUGUUUGAUCCAUCGAUUAAGCUAUAAUGCCAUGGUGGUAUACUUAGAUAUUCUCCAUUAUUUUGACCUAAUUUCAAAUGAAUUUUAAAGUAAUAAAAAAUUAUUUACAAACCAAACCUUUAAUGAUUAUCAAAUAAGAAUUAUGAAAGUUGAUAUUAAUUUGAUUUUAUUAAUCAUAAUAUGAUUGACAUUUAAUUGAUAUAUUUUGAUUAAUAUUUGAAAUUGUUUUCAGUUCCUUGGUAUUUUCUCAAAUAACUUUACCAUAGCCUCAUAUUAAAAAAAAAAUCCUUAAUAAAAUAGUAGAUUAUAUUAAAUUAUAUAGUCAAAAAUUAAUUAAAAAAAUUUAAUUAACAUUGUGGUGAUUAAAUCAAUCAACCAAUCUAUCAACCAAUCAAUCAACCAAUCAAUCAACCAACCAAUCAAUCAAUCAAUCAACCAAUCAACCAAUCAAUCAAUUUAUAAGACAUACAAUAUUUAAGUGUCGCUAGACCAAAAGAAAUAUUAUGCCAUGGUGUGCUACAAAUUGUCUCACUGAUGUAAUAUAGAUACCCUGAAUGUAUUUCAUUUGGCAUCUUGUCUAAUCAUGGAUAAAAAUAAUAAUUAUAUGUAAUAAGCAUUGUACAAUCUUCUGAAAAGUUUUAAAAUAAUAUAAAUCUCUUUUGAUAAAUUACUUAAACAUUCUAUAUAUCUUUUUGAUUUAAUUGUAAAGAUGAUAAUUUCAUCUGUAUUAAUAUUAUAUAUUGAGAGUUAUAUUUUCAUUUUAGUAAAAUAAAAAACACGUCAGGUAGAGAUGGUGUUAUAUUUUGUUUAUUUUUUUGUACCCUUAGUUAUACAGUAUACCUUAAAUUAUUUAUUUACCAUUGUGUACAGUAAAUAAAAUAAACUAAAAGUUCAGGAAAAUCGGAGAAAACUAUGGAUGCAAAUCGCAAAAGUUGGAUAAGUUUGCUGUUUCUGGAAGGAUGUGGAAUCCCUGAACCAAUAGAAAUCAGUACAAAUAUAAUGUCCUACUUAAAAAAACUAAAGAUUACCUGAAAUUGUGUAGAUUGGUGCAAAAAACAUUUUUUUAUGUAAUAUGUUACAUUGAAAAAUUUCCCAGUGCCCAAUAUGUGAUCCUUUAUAAACAUGAUUUCAUGAGGCUUACAGAAAAAAGAUUUUAUGUUAAAGAUUAGAAAAAAAAAUAACAAAAUACAUCAGAAAUACUACAUAAAUUAUAAAUGAUUACAACAUUGUAAAUAUUCUUAGGCUGAAAGUGAUUAAAUGAAUUAAUUCUUGUUUUUUAUAUAUAUAUUUUUCAUGUAUUAUAUCUUGGUUUCUAUAUUGCAAAAAUUGAUUGCAGUAAUUCAUUCUCUGAAAAACCAGCCCUUAUAAAAUGUCUGGUAGGGUCAUAAUAUGCUAUAAAUAUGUGUUAUAUGUUACUUUAUGGUUUUUAUUCUUAAAAAAAAAAAAAAAAAAAAACAAAAAAAACAACACAUUUUCAGUGUAUCUUUCACUCUGUUGUUAUACAUAUUGAAUAAUACAAUAACCAACUCUAUUUUAGAUUAAGUUAAUAUUUCAUAACCAUAAUGGGUGUUCUAGAGGAGGCUGUGUGUUCGAUUCUCACCCCAAUCAAUUAAUCACCCUAAUUUAUUUCUAUUACAAGUAGUUGCAGUACUAAUGUUAGACAGGAAGUACAUACUGUAUUACCAUUUUUUUCUAACUAUAUGAAUUUGUGAUUUAAAAUAUAAAGCACCAAUCUUUGAGAUGAUAUUUUCGUUAUUUUAAAAUGAGUUUUGUCCUGCUCUCUUGAGUAGAGUUUACACAAAACAAUUAGUAGUAAUUUGUUUUUAUUAUUUAUUUUAUGACGACUAUGAUAUUAAUGAUGUUAUGUUUGCACUUUAUAAAAAUGGCAUGUUAUUUACAGAUAUAAACUUUUAGACGAAGAAGGUAAAAAUGUAUUUAUUCUUCCACAUUGAGCAUAAAUAUGAUAAUCAUAUUAAGAAUGUGUUGAUGCCAUAGAUUUUGUAAGGAUACUCAUUUACUAACUCCAAUGUAUUUGGUCCUCAAAAAUUAGAAAAAAUUAGAGAGUGUCUUAAGCUGCAAAAUCUACAAUGAUAUUUUAGGAAAAAUAACAAGUGCAUCCAACACUAUUACCAUGAUGUCAUGUAGCGCAGUUCUAGCCAGUCAACUGUUCCCGAGUGAUAGUUCUAUUGCAAGAAUGUGCAGCCGUUUCAAGGGGAAAGUACACAAGUGAUCCUAUAUGUUUUGCCUAUUAGUAGUACAUCACUGUAGUAUUCUUAUUUAAAUCUAUGGUUUAUUCAUCGGACAACGCUCUCUAUUCUCUCUAUUCUUCAGUUGAUUCUUGUGGAUAAAAAAUGUAAUUUCACAAACCAAAUAGGAUUAAAAAAUCCACUUGUCUUUAUAAUUAUACUAUAUGUUCUUGUAUGCUAUAUUUAUGUAUUAAUCAUAUCACUUAAUUCAUAACAUAUUAGCAGGUAGGAAGCCAGGCUUAUUGGUACACAUAGAUUUAAGAAUAUUUAAAAGGGGUUAGGAUAAUUAUGUAAUCAAAUAAAUUAUAUUCACUUUCUACAAUUUGAAGUGACAUACCAGUUGGAUGUGAAUACAAGGCCACUAUUUGCUCAUAGGCUUUGUCUACACUAAUAACAUUUUCUUUUGACAAAAAAACGGUUGUAUGCCCAUAUAUAGUCAUGAUGUGCCUAUAUACGGUCAUAAUGUUAUGUCAUCAUGACCAUAUUUAGGUAUGUCACAUGAUUUUGUCAAAUAAAAUUUAAUAGUGUGGACACGGUUUUAAGUUCUGUCCACACUAACAAAUUUUAUGUGACAAAUACCUGUAAACGUCACAUGUGUUCGUGUGACAUGGCGUUAUCAUGCUCGUAUAUGGGAAAGUCAUAAUAAAUAUUUGUACUAGAAAGUAUUAUAGUGUGAACAUUAUCUUAUGGUGGGAAUUUUAUCAGUAAUACAGUAUGUAAUAAUAUUCAUAUUAAAAAUGUAAAGAUUGUAAAUUUA